UUAAAUAUUAAGGAAAUUAAUGAUACGGAAAGAACGAAUUAUUAUAGUUUUUGUUAUUAGUCAUAUUAGAAUUGUUUCAAGUGGGCCUUAAUGGUUAGAUGUUUUCUAUUGAAAAAUAGCUUUUAUUAAGCCGUUCUAUAUAUUGCAAAGGUCGACGACGUUAGGGGCAUGUUAUAAAAGGAGAAUUCAGAGCGACAUUUUCGCUAGUUGAAAGAUUAUUAUCAAGAUGAAUUUUGUGUUCCUACCUUUUCUCUUCGCAUGGAAUCCAGCACCACAAGAUGAAUUUAAAUAUGGACCAGUUUAUAUAUUUGAUAUGGAAAUAAAUAUGAUUGCUGCAAUGAAUACAGAUAAUGGAUCAAUAUUGGGAACAAGAGUUUCAGGUGAAUUAAAAUGUCGUCCACAUUUAAGUGAUACAACAAUAUUAAUAUGUCGCACUGAAGAUACAAAAAUAAUUCGAACAUAUCCAAAUGGUUUUAAUACAACGGGAAUUGAAAUUUUUAAAAAUGAAUCAUAUUCACCAUAUGGAUUGGGUCAUGAUUUAUAUCAAGUGAAAUUUAAUAAUGAAGGUAUUGAAAAUUAUGGUUUAGAAAGUAAUAAUGACGAUGCAUCAAAAUGGAUAAUUGAUAUGAUUCGUCUUAUUACAAAUCAAUUGAGCAUUGGUUUUCAACUUGAGAAUAGACGUAAUGAUGAACAAUUUAAAAAAUUGGAAAAUUUCACUGUUGGCGAAUGUGAGACAGAAUUUAAAAUUAGUCGAAAAAAACAAAUGAAUAAUAAUAAUAAUAAUAAUAAUGGUGAACCUAAAAUAAUUCCAAUUUUUGAUCAAAGUAAAUUUAUAUUUGGUCCUUAUGAUGAAAUUGAAAUUGAAAAGAGAAGAAAUAUACAAAAUUGUCCACGACAUAAGGAAUAUUUUUUUGGUACUCGAUAUAAUAAGGGAAUUGUUCUUAAAGAUGUUUAUAACAAACUUAUCUCCUCAACUAGUCAAAUUAUUUUUUCAACGACAAAUUUCAUGAGCGAGACAACAAAUGAAUGUGAAAUAUUCGAUAUGGAUAGAAAUCGUUUAGGUAAAGUUCUCGAUCACAUUAAACUUAAAUUAAAAAAUGGUGAACCGGCAAAAGAGGAAUUUGUUUCCAUUACAAAUGCAACGUUUUAUGAUACAUUGGCAGGCGAAUCUGUCGUUGAUUCUGGAAAUAAUUAUAAAAAUUAAAAAAAAAUUUUUUUUAAAUAAAAAAAAUAUUUUUUUACAUUUAUAUUGUGAUUUAAACAUUUUUUUUUUAACUGAAACUAUUUUUUAUUCUACUUUUUACACGCCAAAAAAAAUAUCUCAAUUUUCUAUGAAAAAAAUUGUUUUUCACAAAAUAAAAAAAUUUAGAAAUUAAAAAAUAAUUCUUUAAAAAUA